AAAUCUCAUUUUCGAACAGAUUUUGUCUGUAGCCAAAGGUGUUUAUUUAAUUUUUAGGUUGUUUGAUAUUUAGUGUCCCAGUCAAAAUUCAGCAGAUGAUGCGAACUUAAUGCCGCUGUCUUGUACAUUUAUUACUCACGAGGCUAUCGGCUAACCAGGAUCCAGGGCUUCGCAUUGGAGUCAGGGAGAUUCCUCUAGUCACGGAAUGGAGGACCCUGAGGCAGAGGACUUGCGGGCCUUCGAGCGCCGGCUAGCGGAGGUAGUCACUGCAGAAAAGCCGAGCUCCUUCCGCUGGCGCCUCGUACUGGGCGCGAUUUUCGCCUGCUCGGCGAUCAGCGCCUGCCACUGGAUGCGAGUUGCCAAGGAGAGCGAGUCACUGGUAUUCCGAAUCCUGUCCAGCCACAGCGCAUUCGCCUUCUCCUUGGCGACUGUAUGCCUGUUAAUCAUGUACGGAUUUAAUCACGCCGCCAAGCAGGAUCCCGCCAUUCUGCGGGACACCCGGGAAAUGCUUUCUCCUUUCCGUCUUAACUGCGACAACCAGGGCCGUCUUAUCCCGUUCCCACCGCCCACCGAGUAGCUGGACAUACGUCAUUAAUAACACGCUCAAAUUGACUCUGUUGAAAUAGUUGCUAGUCAAAUAAACA